AUGCCUCCAAAAUCAGAAAAAAAACCAGCUUCAAAAGCUCCAAUAACAACUGCAGCUUCAGGAGAAAAGAAAAAAACAGCUGCAACAGCAACAACUGAUAAUAAAGUCAAAAGAAAAAAGGCUCGAAAAGAAACAUAUUCUAGUUAUAUCUAUAAAGUGUUAAAACAAGUCCAUCCCGAGACUGGCAUCUCAAACAAAGCAAUGUCUAUUAUGAACUCAUUUGUGAAUGAUAUUUUUGAACGUAUUGCAGCAGAAGCUUCAAAACUUGCUACUUACAAUAAAAGAUCCACAAUUUCUUCACGAGAGAUUCAAACUGCAGUCAGGCUUAUCCUUCCGGGAGAAUUAGCAAAACAUGCUGUUUCUGAAGGAACUAAGGCUGUAACAAAGUAUACAAGUGCUAAAUAA